UCCAGGACAAGUUGGACGAUAAGAAUCCCGAAAAAAAUAGGGAUUAUAUUCCAAAUAAUGCCAGUAAUACUCUUCUCCAUCGCCUAGCUGGUCCCAGUACUGGAAAGGCUGGUUUGGCAGUAGACCAGACGGAAAUUACGCGAAUAAUUGCUGAAGCAAGUGAAGGGAGUAAAUUCUAUCAGAACGAGAAACGCAAAGAUGAAGAGUUGAACAAGAAGAUUGACGCGUUGUUGAAGCAGAGAGACGAAUUACUAAGCAUGGCUGAUAUACGUACGUCCAAAAUAAAGUCUAUUGGCGCGUUCAAAAUGGUGUUCUAUGAAGCAAGACUCGAGCUUAUGGCUGACAAAAUGAUUGCCGAACUCGAAGCAACUCGGGAUCUUAGUCAAAUCAUUGUGCAUAUUGAUAUGGAUUCAUUCUUUGCCUCCGUAGAGAUGCUCGACGACCCUACACUUGUAGGCAAACCUUUCGGAGUGGGUGGGAAUAGUGUGUUAUCUACAGCGUCCUACGAAGCCAGAAAGUUUGGCGUACGGUCCGGCAUGGCUACCUACAUUGCCAAGAAGCUAUGUCCAGGGCUCAUCGUAGUGGGCAGUCACUACUCUCGUUAUUCCGAAGUUUCGAAAGCAGUUAUGGACAUUUUGCGACGGUUUGACCCCGAAAUGGAUCCUGCAGGUACCGAUGAAGCAUAUCUAAAUAUUACCGAAUAUUGCGAAACGCAUAACCUGACCGCUGAAGAAUGCGUAGAAAUGAUUCGCAAAACGAUCCAUGAAGAGACCAAGCUCACCGCCAGCGCAGGAAUAGCACCCAAUAAA